CUCUUUCUUGAAUCUCUCUCUCUCUCUCCUUUCUCUCUUUUCUCUCUUUUCUCUCUUUUCUCUCUUUUUCUCCCUUGCAUUGGACAAUGCAACAUUUAUGUAAUCACGAGCUUGUUGGCAGUGCAUAAGACUAGAUGGAAGGAAGGGUUGGGCACUAACAGAUCUCAUCUUUUCUCCUCAUCUUCGGGUCUCUAAGUCUACUAGGGUGCUCCCUCCCAUUCCACGCCCACACCUCUCCAAAGAACACAAAGCAUCCAUCCUAACAUACUCAUAAUGUCCAUCAGUCAUAGUCCGGCUGAUCAACCGCCCUACCCUCUUCAUCCCUCUGUGAUACAUAGGCUCGAUCCGGAAUAUGUCGAUUUUUACAAUACACAUAUCAUCGAUAAGCAACAAGUUCAUCUCCAGCCGGUAGAGGCUUCACGCACAAGCGGUGUUUUGAUUCCAGGCGGAGGCCCUUUGCUCCCGGUUGGUAGAACAGUCGACUUGCGCAUCUCCCGGCGUGUCACAGAAGGCCCUGAGAUUCCUGUACGCGCAUUCAUUCCAGAAGGUGCCGUUCCGGCGAAUGGAUGGCCAUUGCUAUUGUAUUUCCACGGGGGCGGAUGGGUGCUGGGCAACAUCAAUACAGAGAACCCGGUGUGUACAAAUCUCUGUAACAGAGGUCGCUGCGUAGUCGUGACUGUGGACUAUCGUCUCGCUCCCGAGCACCGCUGGCCCGCCGCCGUCCACGACUGCUGGGAAGCUCUUCUCUGGCUGCUAGCCGACGGUCCGACGCAUCUCCCUAUUGACACGAAGUCUCUCGCCACCGGAGGCUCUUCCGCAGGUGGAAACCUAGCCUGCAUCAUCACUCAGAAGGCUCUUGCCCUCUCCCCGCCCGUACACUUCAAAGCCCAGUUGCUCUCCGUGCCCGUCACCGAUAACACCGCCUCAGUAUCCACCAACGACGCCUACCGCGCGUACGAGCACACGCCAGCUCUACCAGCAGCCAAAAUGCUGUGGUACCGUGCGCACUAUCUCCCUAAUGAAAGCGAUUGGGUGAAUCCUGAGGCUAGUCCUCUUUUUUACACUGGGGAUUGGUCUGCUCUACCGAGGGCCUUGGUUAUGGUGGGUGAGUUGGAUGUUCUCCGAACGGAAGGAGAGCAGUAUGCGCAGAAGCUACAGAAAGCAGGUGUUCCAGUGGACUUGCAGAUAAUGAAGGGUAUGCCUCAUCCAUUUUUGGCCAUGGAUGCUGUUCUGAAGGAGGGGAAGAGGUCCAUUACAUUGAUGUGCGACCUACUGAAGGAGGUGUUCUGGAAUGAGCGCGAGUAAGUGCUUGCUAGAAUUGUACUGGGCUCUGUUCAUGGCCAUAAAACAUUCAGAUUGAAUGAUCCCAGCUGAGCACAGAUAUCAACAAUUGAGAAUGGACAUGUCGAGAAUCACUGGUAUCGAAUUGAGGCGGCUGUGCAAGACACAACAUUAUCCAAUAUACCAGGCACAGC